AGAAAAUUUGCAUCCACAAUUUCGAUUUAGCUCCAACUGUAGCUAUAUUUCUCUACCGAGAUAGUUGCUGUAGUUUGCAAGCUUCUGUCAUGGCAUUAACGAUGACCCAACUCUCAGUUUUAGCUGCAGCUUUCAUCUGCAUUUCUCUUUUCUGCUGCAGAACAGGGAUGGCAGAUGAAUAUACACCCGAAAGAGGUGAUGAACCAGAAAAGGGCACUGGCACUGAACACCAGGAUCCAACUCAAAUUGUUGCCAAAGCCUUGCUGUGUUUCAAUGACAAAUAUGUAUACAGCAGCUGUGAAGAGUCUUACAGAUUGAAUGAGAGUGGAGAUCUGAAGGUGCCUGCAGAAAAAACUGAUGAAUACUGCAAUGGUCCUUGCAUGACGGAGACACAGCUUGUGCUCGAUUGUAUUGAUAACAUCAUGACCAAUUUCCUGUUUUACAACAAGGCCACGAUUCAAGACAUUCGAGACACGAUUCAUGCCGGAUGUGGCCACGGCAAAGAAAGAGGUAAAUUCGACGUGGCUGAACACAUCAUCAGAGCUGAAGGAAGCAAUGCGUACAAGGCUGCAAACCAGAUUCUGAUUGGGAUUGUGCUGAUGAUUGUGGGGAAUGGAUUACUGUUCUAAAUUCUAAUAUGUAUGAUGCCAUAAAAUUAAUUCCCAUAGCCAUGUAUAUAUGCAAAAGUAUAAUAUAUAGUGGUAACGUUCAGACUAUAGUAACAACAACAACAAAAUCUUUUUCCACUAAGUGGGGUCGGUGUCAUUCAGACUGUAGUAGUAAAACAAAAACGGAAGAUAAUCAAUAUAUAAUUACUGCUGUAAAAA